AAGAAAACUGGCUGGAACAGAGCCAGCGACAGGUGGGCCCAGCCGAGCUUGAACUAAAAGAAUCCGCGGCGGCCGAUGGCACACAAGAAGAAGGCAGCAACGACUCCGAUCCAUUUCCAGGGCACCCGACGACUAUAAUUCCACCUGCUCCAUCAAUCAUUGACGCCAUCGAUUCGUUCCUCCGCUUGGAGACCAAAGCUUUUCCAAGCCCUCAGAUAUGGCGAACAAAAGGAUUCAGAAGGAACUGAUGGAUUUGCAGAAAGAUCCACCGACAUCAUGCAGUGCUGGGCCUGCUGGAGCGGAUCUAUUCCAUUGGCAGGCCACAAUCAUGGGCCCUAGUGACAGCCCCUACGCAGGAGGGGUGUUCUUUGUGAACAUCCAUUUUCCUCCUGACUACCCAUUUAAGCCUCCUAAAGUGAACUUCCAAACAAAGGUAUAUCACCCAAACAUCAACUCCAACGGCAGCAUCUGUCUGGACAUCCUCAAGGAGCAGUGGAGCCCAGCGCUGACAAUAUCGAAGGUCCUCCUCUCCAUCAGCUCCCUCCUCACCGACCCCAACCCCGACGACCCCCUUGUCCCGGAGAUCGCGCAGCUCUACAAGAACCAGAGGCACCGCUACGAGGAGACCGCGACGGCCUGGACCCAGAAGUACGCCAUGGGCUGAUUGUGUGCAACAUCGACACCACCAGAACCAUCAUCCCCUGUCAUUGCAAAGACCAUUGUGGCGUCGUGAGAAAUUUUUAUGUGUCGAACUGGUUUUCCGCCUUAUGAUGGCACCCAUACCCAGAGACCCAUAUGGCUGUAAUCGCUGCCGAUCGUGGCUUUUCUCUGAACCAUGUUUACUCGUGUACAGUAGUCAAAAUUGGGUAAUUCUUUGCAUUUCUGUUUCCAAACACUGGUUUUAUACCCUGAAGAGUAUCCGUGGUUGUGACGCUUCUGUUGUGCUAUUCUGUAACGUUGUCAAGAAACUGGUGUCACCUUGUAUGUAUCAACACAGAACAACAUGUUCAGAAUCUGUAGUGUUUUGGUUCA